UUGAAAAAACAGUCUUCUUUCUCUCUCUCUCUCUCUCUCUCUCUCUCUUCCUACAGUGUCCGUACAGAAAACACUCUCAAUAGAGAGAGAGAGAGUAUCUAGACUUGGAAAGGACUUCUCGCUAGUCUCGGUGUUUGGUCGGCUUUCUUUCUCAUUUUCUUUUGGGAUUUUCACUCUGUUCCUUGAGACAUAUGGAUAAAGAAGAUCAUAGAAAAAACCAUAAUUCAUCAGGCCAUGAAAGCCAUUCAGUCCAUGUCUGUCACAAAUGUGGAUGGCCAUUUCCAAACCCACACCCCAGUGCAAAACAAAGAAGGGCACAUAAGAAGAUCUGUGGAACUAUUGAAGGUUACAGGUUGGUUGACUCGGAGGAAAAUGCCCAUUCGAAUCAUUCUUCUGAUGAGCAUCUUUCUGAUGAAGACCAAAAGAUUCACAGUCCGAAAUUCUUUGAAGCGAUUGACAAGCCUAGUGGUAGAGCCGGGGAAACGUCAAAUAGAUUUGAAGAUGAUGUGUUUUCGGAUGCUGCUGCGGAAUUUUUAGACAGCGGAUCUGGUGCGGGGACCCGAGAACAACCUCCAAAUGAUGUGGACAAUAUUCUUAAGAAUGAGACGAAUACCAUCCAAUCAAUUAAGAAUGAUCCAACUGCUGAAACUAGUAUCCCUCUAAGCAAUGCUACUGCCAGCCAUCCUGAAAUUCCAGGGGCUGCCAGUAAUCAAUUGAUGACUGAGCCAGAGUUGCAAGAACCUCCAUCAAGCUUUACAUUCAAUACUACAAGUUCUGUUGCAGAAUCAAUAACUGAAGAUUCAUCCCCAUUGCUUCUUGGUGAUAAAAGUGGAUUAACUGAUGACUUGUAUCCCCUCAAAUCUGAAAGCAGUAAACCUCUAAGCGAUGCAACUGACAGCUGUCCUGAAAUUCCAGGGGCUGCUAGUAAUCAAUUGAGUACUGAGCUGGAGUUUCAAAAACCUCCAUCAAGCUUUACGUUCAGUUCUACGAGUUCUGUUGGAGAUUCAAUAACUGAAGAUCCUUCCGCGCUGCUUCUUGGUGAUAAAGAUGGAUUAACAGAUGACUUAUAUCCCCUCAAAUCUGAAAUUAAAAAGGAGGCAUUGGAUGAGAAUCAGAAGAUGAAUGUCACUAAUGAUGUUGCCACUUGCUCAUUAAUAUCUGUUGGGCAGGGGAGCGAUCUGAAUGAAACGAAAGAGUCUGAUUUUGGUAGCAAUUUACCAGAUGAAAUGAUCCCACCUAAAAUAGCUAAUGAUACAGCUGAGGCAGUGGAUGAAUUCGAAGAAACAGUUAAAAUAAUUUCAGAAUCAUUGCCACCUUUGCCAGCUUGUAGUGUUGUCCAAUCUCAGGGAGAGCAUAUUGAAGGUUUUCCAGGGGCUAUUAGCAAUCAAUUAAGGACUGAGCCAGAGUUACAAGAACCUCCAUCAACUUUUACAGUCGGUACUAAGAGUUCUGUUGCAGAUUCGAUAAGUGAAGAUUCAUCACCUCUGCUUCUUGGUAAUAAAAAUGAAUUAACAGAUGACUUAUAUCCCUUCAAAUCUGAAAUUCAAAAGCAGGAAUUGGAUGAGAAUGAGAAGGCAAAUGCCACUACUUAUGUUGCGACUAGCUCUUUAAUAUCUGUUGGACAGGAGAGUGAUCUGAAUGAAAGGAAAGAGACUGAUUUGGGCAGUAAUUUACCGGAUGAAAUGAUCUCAAAUGGUAAAGUAGCUGAUGAAACAACUGAGGCAGUGGACAAAUUAGAAGAGACAGUUAAAAUAACUUCAGAAUCAUUGCCAGCUGUGCCAACUGAGAGUGUCGUCCAAUCACAGGGAGAGCAUAUUGAAGGAUCUCAAGUGAAGAUUCCUCAAACUUACCUUCCUCUUGAAGUUGGGUCUGUUGAACAUGUGAAUGCUUCUGUUGACGAAACAACUGAGGCAGUGGACAAAUUAGAAGAGACAGUUAAAAUAACUUCAGAGUCAUUGCCAGCUGUGCCAAAUGAGAUUGUCGUCCAAUCACAGGAAGAGCAUGUUGAAGGAUCUCAAGUGAAGAUUCCCCAAACUUACCUUCCUCUUGAAGUUGGGUCUGUUGAACAUGUGAAUGCUUCUGUUGAUGAAACAACAGAGGCAGUUGGCAAAUUAGAAGAGACAGUUAAAAUAACUCCAGAAUCAUUGCCAGCUGUGCCAACUGGCAGUGUCGUCCAGUCACAGGAAGAGCAUAUUGAAGGAUCUCAAGUGAAGAUUCCCCGAACUGACCUUCCUCUUGUGGUUGAGUCUGUUGAACAUGUGAAUGCUUCUGUUGAUAUUGUUGAAACUGAGGUGGAUAGGAGAGAAGAAAUGAAAUUUGCAAAUUCUGGUGAUUUAAUUGAAACUGGCAACAGGAAGGAAGAAGGGAAUGAGAAUGUGCAUGUGCUUUCUGUGCCUGAUGACAUGCAUGUAGUAGACCAUCCUGAGAUCAUGAUUGAAGAUUUCAAGGACCAUCAUGGUGUGAAAUUAUAUCAAUCUGCAACCUUAGAAUCAUGCAAACCGAUUAGGGACAAUGGAGAGUCUGUUAAGGGUCCUGUUUCUCAGGACUCAUCAGAUAGUCAUGUUUUGGAGGAUAGCACCCAACCAGAUCAAGGGAGCAGCAUUUCUGUGCUUAGAGAAGUGGCUCUUGAAGAGGAAGCAAACUCAUCUAUGAUCAAUGUUAAGAGUGGUGAAAACCAAAGACCAGAUGAUAUUGGAGCCCCUGAUCAUGCCAUGAUGGCACAGAUAGAUAAGAACUUUUCAGUUGACACUCUUGAAGAACAAGAACCUUAUCAUAACAAAGGAACUAAAAAGGAUGAGGAGGAUGUUCUUGAUUUGGGGUCAAGUCAGUUAAGUGGAGGUGAUGUGGUCUCCUCAUCAGAUAGGAAUGUUUCAGAAAAUAGCAUCCAACCAGAUCAAGGGAGCAGCAUCCCCGUGGUUAGAGAAGUGGCUCCUGAAGAGGAAGCCAAUUCAUCACAGAUCAAUGUCAAGAUUAGUGAAAACCAAGGACCAGAUGAUAUUGUAGCCUCUGAUCAUGCUGUGGUGGCUCAGACAGAUAAGAACUCUUCAGUCGGCACUCCUGAAGAACAAGAAUCUUAUGAUGACAAAGGAACUAAAGAGGAUGACCAUACAGACUCAAAAGUUACUCCUGAAUCUGCUAGUAUUCUAUCAGAAAUCCGAGUUAAUCCUUCUACCAAUUUACAGGAAGGAGAUGAUGUUGAGAUAAAUAUUGAAAGCGGAAAAGAUGCCAUAACUAGAGAUUUUGGCAAUGAUGUUGCGGAACAUGUGAAAGCUGAAACUGGAGAUGACAACAGUAGCAGAUUUAAAGGGUAUAACUUACAGGAUGGACAUGAUAUUGGUAAUAAUGGGAGUGGAGAAAUUGAGAGGGAUGAUAAGAUUGGAGAUGCUGGUUAUGUUGCUGUGCAUGUGAAAAAUGAGAAUGGAAAUGCUAUGGACAGUGAACUCAAGGAGGAGCCAGAAAACCCUAUCAUCACUCUCGAUUCAGCUAGUAAGAUCUCUGAACUUCAAGUUAAGCCAGCAACUAACUUAUGUGAAGGUGAUGAUGCCAGCGCCAGUGAGAAGGAUAAAAUUGAGAAGUUUAUUAAAGAUGGAAGUGAAAGUGGGGAUGGACAUGCAGAGGAAAAUCUGUCACAAAAGCAAACAACCCCCCCUAUAUCUGCUAGCAUUCUUCCAGAAUCCCAAAAUAUUGCAGAAGAUUUAGCAGUUGAGUCUAUGGAAAAGUUACCGGAAAUUGGGUCCACAGAUAAGGGCAGUGCUUCAGAUUCUAGCAAAGUAGUUAGUGACACAGUUUUUGGUUCUCAGCUAGUUUCAGAUGCUCAGAUAGGAAUAUUAGAACAUAAACUCAAUGUAAAUGACAAAGAGCAGGAAGAUGUUGUUGUAGUCAGCAGUGCUGCUGUAUCAGAUAGUGGUGUAGAUUUUGUGCCAUCACAAAAUACUUUGGAAGGCCAUGUAAUCAAAGAGCAAGAUCUUUCUUCUCUAGAUGCUGAAACUUCUAUUGGAGAAAGCCGUGACCUUAGUGGGGCUACUUCUGGGCUUGGUUCUCAACCUUUGCAAGAGGAUAGACAACAGUUAGGUCCACCUGCAGUGGAUGUUUCAGUUGACUCGAGUAGCAUAAGUGAUAGUCUUGAAGGCAACUGGGGAUCUAUUUCAGUGCUUUCUACUCAGUCAGAUGCACAAGCUAUUAUUGAUGCAGAAGCUUUACCACCAGCAGGUUCUCAAGGAACAAGAGAGAAUGUCCACUCAAAGCAACCAAAAGUUGCAUCUGGAAGUGACCAUCCUGACAAAUCAGAAAUGUAUGAGGCACCUUCUUUUAUGACAUUAGUUGAAUCUGGAGGUGGGAGAGAUAAAGAAGCCACUGAUUCUGAAAUCCAAACGGUUCAGAACCCACAGCAGUCAAACUCUUCACCAUUGCAGGCUGGGUGGUUUCCUUCUCUUACUCAUGUCGUGAAUGAAUCACAAGGUAGAAAGAAGAAUGAAGAAAGAAUUGCCAAGGUGACAAACUGGAGCACUGGGAAGCAACACACUCCUUUGAAAAACCUUUUGAAUGAGGCCUCUCUAGAACACAAACCUAGGUCACCGAACCCCAAAGAAAAUCUAGCUCCCAGUCCUCAGAAAGGUGACAAAGCAGCAAGGGAUAGUGUUCCAGUAGCUAAAACAGUGAAUUCCAAUAGGGAUCCUCAAUCACCUGCACACAAGAUUGCUAGUCGAGAGGCUGGAAAAGAAUGGGACUCACCGGCAAGGUACCGUUCAGAUAUCAGUAGAGAAAAGAGGAGAGCAAAGAAGAAACCAUACUGGACACAAUUUGUAUGCUGUUCAUCUGUGAACUAGAAUCCCAAGUAUCUCCUUCAUGAAAAUAUUGAGACGUGGACAACGCUUCACUGACUGAUUAAUUCUGAAGUUUUGUGAUGGUGAAGUUCGGGCUGUAGAUGCAAAUCUAGUCUUCGCUGGUGUUAGUUGUCAUUUUAGUGCUUCUAUAAACUAUACGUACAUAAAUUGUUCAUUAAUUUGUUAGUCAUAUGGUAUAUGAGAAGUACUCUGGUGUAUGUUAGGGUUACCAACUGGGGGGUAUAUUGCAGAAUGUCAUAUGAAUUUGCUAGGCAUAUGUCAUGUUCGCCUUUGUCUCAUUGUAGAGAACUGAUACUUUAUCAUUCCAAUGCUGUUUCAUAUUGUGUU